CUACAUAUAUUGUGAUCGGACAACCCGUGUGUUAUCUUAAAUAGCAAAUUUUUGCAAUUGAGUUGGAAAAUAGUUGUUUUUUUUGCGUUUAUAUUUUAAAUAAUUUCUACAUAUUUUUGUGCAUAAUGAACAUCACGAUUUUACAACUAAGCAAGAAAAGAAAUUAACUUCACUCGGUGACGCCAUUUUGUAAAACUUUUUAUACACUCCUUAUAAAUGGAAUUUGGUAAAAAAAGGUAUAAGGGUGGUCGGACACCUUCUAUUAGGUCCAGUGAAAGGCGUCGUCCUCAAAGUGUUUCAUCAAUAUCCACACUAUCCCCGAGAGUUGUUCUGUCAAGAUUGGAACCGAGGGAGUUUGAACGUCUUCGACUAUCCUACAAAAUUGCAAUCGACCAAAGAAGAUCCAGAAGCUGCCGUGGCAUGAACAUGGGUCAAAAAAUUAGUGGCGGAGUCAAAACAGUUAGUCGUAAUGAUUCACAGUCUACAUUCAAACCAAUAAUACCAAGAGAGUUACAAGCUGAUUUCGUUAAACCUGCGCGAAUCGAUAUUUUACUUGAUAUGCCGCCAGCAUCUCGAGAUCUUCAAUUAAAGCAUUCAUGGAACUCCGAAGAUCGGUCUUUAAACAUUUUUGUAAAAGAGGACGACAAGUUGACAUUUCAUAGGCACCCAGUGGCUCAAAGUACUGAUUGCAUUCGCGGAAAAGUCGGACUUACAAAGGGAUUGCACAUUUGGGAAAUUUAUUGGCCAACAAGGCAAAGAGGAACACACGCUGUUGUUGGCGUAUGCACUGCAGAUGCACCAUUACAUUCAGUUGGAUACCAAAGUUUAGUCGGAUCAACUGAACAAAGUUGGGGCUGGGACUUAGGAAGAAAUAAAUUAUACCAUGACUCAAAAAACUGCGCUGGAGUCACAUAUCCAGCCAUUCUUAAAAACGACGAAGCUUUUUUAGUUCCAGAUAAGUUCUUAGUAGCGUUAGAUAUGGACGAAGGAACACUAAGCUUCAUUGUUGAUCAGCAGUAUCUCGGUAUUGCGUUUAGAGGACUGCGAGGAAAAAAACUAUAUCCAGUUGUUUCGGCGGUUUGGGGACACUGUGAAAUAACAAUGCGUUAUAUUGGUGGAUUAGAUCCCGAACCUUUGCCUUUAAUGGAUCUUUGCCGAAGAACAAUUCGUCAAAAAAUUGGUCGCACGAACUUGGAGGAGCGCAUUCAACAGCUUCAACUUCCUUUAUCAAUGAAAACAUAUUUAUUGUAUAAAAACCGUAGAUAAUAGUUUUGUUAAGUAGAUGGAGAAGCAAUUUCAAUUUUUUGCUGCAUGUGAUGAAAGCAGCAAAAACAAAUUGUGUUAGAUUAUAAUAGUAUUAGAUCAAUGUUUGUCUGUCCUCCAACAGGAAAAUCAUAGGUAUACAAUUCGUAAUAAUACUUUACUUUAGCUAUAAAGAUAUAUUGAAUAUUAAGAAGCAUUCAAAUAAUAGUAUGUACACGGAAUGACAUCUCACAUUUUGCAAUAAAUUGGAGAAUCGUGUUUCUUCAUGUAGCAUUAUUUAAAAAC